UUUCUCUUUUGGGUACAGACCAGUGUCACUGUGGUACCUCAUAUUGAGAGAGAAGAGCUCAGACCUGAAGAGAGUGACUAAUGCUGCAUCUCCCAGGUGGCCAGACUCCAUUGUGGAACCAUAUGGACUCCGUAGAGCCUGCCGGGUUGCAACCUGGGAAAAGAGCUUCAGGCUGUCCCCAGAAGGGCUUAUUUCAGCCCUCAGACAGCUCAGAGCUGGUACAGGAGUGUCUGCAGCAAUUCAAGGUGACAAGGACACAGCUACAGCAGAUCCAAGCCAGCCUCUUAGACUCCAUGGAGCAGGCCCUGACAGGAGAGGCCAGCCCUGCCCCUGGUGUCCGGAUGCUGCCUACAUAUGUGGGGUCUACCCCUCAUGGCAAUGAGCAAGGAAACUUCGUGGUGCUGGAGCUGGGGGCUUCAGGAGCAUCACUGCGUGUCUUGUGGGUGACUCUGACGGGCAUCAAGGGGCAGAGGGUGGAGCCCAAGAGCCAGGAGUUUGUGAUCCCCCAGGAGGUGGUACUGGGCACUGGCCAGCAGCUCUUUGACUUUGCUGCUCACUGCCUUUUUGAGUUCCUGGGUGCACACUCUGUGGGGAAUCAGGGUCUGCAGCUUGGAUUCAGCUUCUCCUUCCCUUGUCACCAGACGGGACUGGACAGGGUGAGGUGGAGGGGCAAUAGGGACAGUGGGUGGAGAGGGAAUGCAGCCCCUAUGAAGGCCUUUGGAAGCGUAACCCAGCUUUUUUGCCCCCAGAGCACCCUCAUUUCUUGGACCAAAGGUUUUAGGUGCAGUGGUGUAGAAGGCCAGGAUGUGGUCCAAUUGCUGAGAGAUGCCAUUCAGAGGCAGGGGGCCUACAGCAUUGAUGUGGUUGCUGUGGUGAAUGAUACAGUGGGCACGAUGAUGGGCUGCGAGCCAGGUGUUGGGUCAUGUGAAGUUGGCCUUGUCAUAGACACUGGCACCAAUGUGUGUUACAUGGAGGAGGCACGGCAUGUGGCAAUGCUAGACGAGGACCGGGGCCGCACCUGCAUCAGCGUUGAAUGGGGCUCCUUCAAUGAUGAUGGGGCUCUGGGGCCAGUGCUGACCACCUUUGACCAUGCCCUGGACCAUGCAUCCCUGAAUCCUGGUGCCCAGAGGUUUGAGAAGAUGAUCGGGGGCUUGUACCUGGGGGAACUGGUGCGGCUGGUGCUGGCCCAUUUGGCCCAGCACAGGGUCCUGUUUGGUGGCUACACCUCUCCUGCUUUGCUGAGCCAAGGCAGCAUCCUCCUGGAACACGUGGCUGAGAUGGAGGACCCCACCACUGGGGCAGCCCGUGUCCACACAAUCCUGCAGGAGUUGGGCCUGAGCCCGGAGGCCUCAGAUGCUGAGCUUGUGCAGCGCGUCUGUGCAGCCGUGUGCUCUCGGGCUGCCCAGCUCUGUGCUGCUGCCCUGGCCGCCAUCCUGUCCCGCCUCCAGCGCAGCCGGGAGCAGCAGAUACUCCAGGUCACCGUGGCUACUGGAGGCCAAGUGCUUGAACGGCACCCCAGGUUCCGCGGCAUCCUACAGGAGACAGUGAAGCUCUUGGCUUCAGAAUGUAAUGUCUCCUUCAUCCCUUCUGUGGAUGGAGGUGGCCGGGGUGUGGCAAUGGUGACAGCUGUGGCUGCCCGCCUGGCUGCCCACCGACGACUGCUGGAGGAGACCCUAGCACCAUUCCGGUUGAGCCAUGAGCAGCUGGCAACAGUGCAGACACAGAUGCGGGAGGCCAUGGCCAAGGGCCUGCGAAGGGAGGCCUCCUCUCUCCGAAUGCUGCCCACAUACGUACGGGCUACACCUGAUGGCAGUGAACGAGGGGACUUCCUGGCUUUGGACCUUGGGGGCACCAACUUUCGGGUCCUCCUGGUGCGUGUGGCCGAGGGAGGUGUGCAGAUCGUCAACCAGGUCUACUCCAUCCCUGAGUGUGUGGCUCAGGGGUCUGGGCAGCAGCUUUUCGACCACAUCGUGGACUGCAUUGUGGACUUCCAGCAGAAGCAGGGCCUGAGGGGACAGAGCCUCCCCCUGGGUUUCACCUUUUCCUUCCCAUGCAAGCAGCUUGGCCUGGACCAGGGCAUCCUCCUGAACUGGACUAAGGGUUUCAACGCAUCAGGUUGCGAGGGCCAGGAUGUUGUGUAUCUGUUGCGGGAAGCCAUCAAGCGUAGACAGGCAGUGGAGCUGAAUGUGGUUGCCAUUGUCAAUGACACAGUUGGGACCAUGAUGUCCUGUGGCUAUGAGGAUCCCCGUUGCGAGAUGGGCCUCAUUGUUGGAACUGGUACCAAUGCCUGCUACAUGGAAGAGCUCCAGAAUGUGGCAGGUGUGGCGGGGGACUCAGGCCACAUGUGCAUCAACAUGGAGUGGGGUGCCUUUGGGGAUGAUGGCUCUUUGGGCAUGCUCAGCACCUGUUUUGAUGUGAGGGUGGACCAGGCAUCCAUCAAUCCUGGCAAGCAGAGGUUUGAGAAGAUGAUCAGUGGGAUGUACUUGGGAGAGAUUGUCCGCCACAUCCUCUUACAUUUGACCAGCCUUGGAGUUCUCUUCCAGGGCCAGCAGACCCAGCGCCUUCAGACUAGGGACAUCUUCAAGACCAAGUUUCUCUCUGAGAUUGAAAGCGACAGCCUGGCCCUGCGACAGGUCCGAGCCAUCCUGGAGGAUCUGGGGCUGUCCCUGACCUCGGAUGAUGCCCUGAUAGUCCUAGAGGUGUGCCAGGCUGUGUCCCGGAGGGCUGCCCAACUCUGCGGGGCAGGUGUGGCUGCUGUUGUUGAGAAGAUCCGGGAGAACCGGGGCCUGGAGGAGCUGACGGUGUCUGUGGGGGUGGAUGGGACCCUCUACAAGGUGCACCCUCACUUUGCCAAUCUUGUGGCUGCCACAGUACGGGAACUGGCCCCUCGCUGUGUGGUCACCUUCUUGCAGUCAGAAGAUGGGUCUGGCAAAGGUGCAGCUUUGGUCACUGCUGUCGCCUGUCGCCUUGCUCAGAUGGCCUGUGUCUGAGGAAAUCUCCAGGAACCACCUUGGUGGACCAGGACUGGAUCCAGCCUAUCAGCUAGACUCAACCACUCAGGACUCCCAGAACAGCCUGUGUGUGACCCCUCUGUGGCCAUCUACCCUCACCCCCUUGGCUUUCCCCAAAAGAAGUAGCACAGGGGU